UUGCAGCGAUGCCACAAUGUAAAAGGGAAAUGGGAGAAGAGACGAUAAAAAAUGGAGGAUUUUUCUGUAUGUUAUCGUUAGGAAAUGUCUAACGAUAAAGCGGAUUCUAAGAAGCCCCUUACCCUCCCUACAAUAUAUGGAAGUUUAGACAUAACCCUAAAGCAACCCCAUCUCCGUAGAAAAACGGACAGAAUAUUUGACAUCGUGCAAGACUACCGAGUGCGGGUGGCCAAGGAUAGGGACUCGGUUUCCCUUCCUGGUCGGGAGCACCUCUCACUUCCCGAAAUAGAUCCCCACAAGAAGGUGUCGCCCAGCAGAUUGCUGACGCGACAACCCACCUUUACCAAACCACGCUCUCGUCAAAGCUGGCACAGCAAUAGGACUGUGACCAGCUUCCAACGUUCUAUACUGGACGAAAAUGAGAAAGACCUUACCAAGAGGCUCACUGAGAAAAAAACCAAGAGACUGCUCGGUGAACUUUACACAGACAAACAGUAUUUGGAAUAUAUUGUCAAUUCGUCAGAAAACUCUGGGUUAGGAAAGGAAUUAUUUGAAAAAUCAAAGAAAGGACUUGAAUAUUUGAAGGAUCGCUGUAUGUUUUGGGAGAAUCAAACACCUAUCCCAUUACGUCCUGAUCCUGUUUUGGUUCAACAGAUGUUUGGGUCACGCAUGCCUUCUCGUCGAAUGUCUGUAACUCGACAAAUGCGAGCGCCUGGAUCACCUUUGACGCAAGUAAAAUUAGAUAGUAUGAGGGAAAAGGAGCGUGGGAAAACAUUUUACAAGUGA